GAGUUACUGCCGUAUCUCCAAAAGUCUUUGAGUUUGGAAGAUGUGGAAGUCUUCUCUGUUGAGGAGGUUUUGCAAAGAGAGGGUCCUGGUUUCACGCACACUAUCGUAGAGUCCUCCAAACCUGGAAGCCCUGCCUUCGAGUAUCGCAACGUAUAG